AUGUUCACUCCAGACCCACUCAGCCGUGAUAUAAUCCUUGCCGGUCCAAAAAUGACCGCAGGCAGGUCUGCGCUAACAUCGAAAGCUCAAACAGAAAUUGACGAUGAACUCGUGGCACUUAAAGAGACAAUGCGAGCUCUUCGAACCCGCCGAAACAGUCUUUCUCCCAUAUCCUCCAUCCCUCCAGAGAUCCUGGGUACUAUCUUCUUCCAUCAUGUUCAGCAGACUCAGUUUAUGUAUGUUCCCGAUGCCCCUGCUGUCCUUUCAUGGCUCAAGAUCGGACAUGUUUGUCGCUACUGGCGCGAAGUCACUCUUGGGACACCGGAGUUAUGGGCUACUCCGUUUCUUGCUUCCUUAAAAGCCACGGAGGAAAUGCUCUCGAGGUCUAAAAUGGUUCCCUUGAAACUGAAAACUGGUCGACGAUAUCGUAUGGACUGCGUGCAAAAGAUACUGAUGCACUCAGGGCGUUUGCAAGAGGUCUCUCUCCCACUUUUCAGUCCCAUCCUCGGUAGUGGCACCAUUCACCACUGCAUAACAGAAUUCCUCGACAAAUUAUCAUCUUGUUCCGCUCCCAAACUACAAUCGCUUUUGUUGGAAGCAGGGCUUAGUCAAACACCACGGAUAGCAAUCCCGACUUCUUUCCUCGCGCCCAACCUCCGCAGCCUCCAAAUCAAGAACUGUGAUAUAUCAUGGACAUCUUCCAUCCUCACAGGACUCACUGUCCUUGAUAUCAAAAAAUUAUCACCGGAGUAUCUUCCGACCUUAGACGAGUUGAUCUCUGCGCUUCGUCGUAUGCCUGCACUGCACACUCUCGAGUUAGACGAUGCUCUUCCGACUCUUCCCCCCCAAACGACGUCACUCCCUCGUGCACCUCGUGCCAUGAAUGUUCGACUUCCCCACUUGAAACACUUACAUUUGGCGGCGAAGACAUUGGAGAUAGCCAAUGUGCUAGCUCACAUUGAAUUACAGGAAUCAACAACAGAAGUUCGACUUGCAUGCGGAGGUUUUUCAGGGAGUCCGAGUCAUCAAUGGAAUUUGAGCCGUCCCAUCAUAUCUCGCGCCUUGAAAAAUUGCUUCAAAGCCAAUCCAGAUAAGUCUAGACAAGCCCCGCGUUCCAUGCGACUAUCUAGCACUAGUAGGGGCAUUUGUUUGCACUUUAGUGCGGUCCGGAAUCCUUCAUCAUGGGCGGGGUCAACGUCUUGGACUUAUCUGGAUUUGGAUUUGUUCGCUGCGGCGGAGCAGUCUGUCAGUCUUGAAUUUGACUUUCCGGAUGAUAUGAGGAGGACAAUCCUUUGUGACUUACGAAAGGUUAUUCCUCUUGGGAACAUCGAGGCCAUGUACUUCCACUUUUGUUUCCCUUGUUGGGAUGGUUUCUGGACUGAUGUUCUUGGCUGCGGCGCUGCUCGUAAUCUUGCAUACAUGCACAUGCACGGACCACGCCAGGCGCUUGAAGCACUUCUUAAAUCCCUGCGUUCACGGAAGCACAGUGUAUCACGACGCGCAUACUGGGGUUCGCAUCAAGGACCCAUUUUUGCCCCAGUACUCUCCCAUCUCGUCAUUUACGGCAUGGAGUUCAGCUCCUGUGUGCGGCCCUCUGAUCUCCUCGACGUGCUCAUUGAUCGCGUCAACGAAGGCCGAGGGUUAGAUCACCUUGAGUUUGUUUCAACUACGGGUAUACUCGCCUGCGACGUGGAAUUGUUGCAAGAGGUGGUGGCUGAUGUGAGCUGGGAUGAAUACGAAAGUUCCUACGAAGAUUCCGACCAUGACUAUGACUUAUAUGACAGUGAUUAUGAUUAUCCAGUUGAUUACGGUUUCUACAGUGACCACGGAUACUCCUCCUGA